GAGAGGAGGCGGGGCGGACGGCUGUUUAUGUGUUUUCCCGCCGUGUGCGUCACUAGCUGUCUCACUGAUGGAUCUCAGCUAGCGAUGGAUACUUACAUCAGCUGUCAGAGGCUUUGACAGAGGGGAUCUGGCUGGUUUGGAUUGGACACAGGGUCCAGUUGGCAGGUAUGGUGAGGCACAGCAUGAUGACAGAGCUGCAAGCCUUCCAGCACACCCUCCAGGGCAACUCCCUGGCUGUGGGCCAGGCGGGGCAGAGCUGCGGGGGAAUUCAGGAGAACGGGGUCGCUUCGGAGGAGAGUCGGCACCUUUCCCAAGGCCCUGCAGAGAUCGAGAAAAGCCAGCCAGUGAACAUCCCAGACGCAGCUAAGAGAAAGAAGAAGAAAAGAACGAGAGCAACGGACAGCUCGACAGGCACUUUUGAUGAUCUCUACAAGCUGACGGAUGAGGUGCUUGGUCAGGGGGCUUAUGCUAAAGUUCAAGGAUGCAUCAGUCUGCAGAAUGGACAAGAGUUUGCUGUGAAGAUCAUAGAGAAGAGUGCAGGACACAGCCGCAGCAGAGUCUUUCGGGAAGUGGAAACUCUUUACCAGUGUCAAGGGAACAGGAACAUUUUGGAGCUGAUCCAGUUCUUUGAAGACAGCUCCUGCUUUUAUUUGGUGUUUGAAAAGCUGCGCGGAGGCUCCAUUCUUACACACAUCCAGAACCGAAAGCACUUUGACGAGCUGGAGGCCAGUAAGGUGGUCAGGGACAUUGCCCAAGCUCUUGACUUCUUGCACACAAAAGGUAGGUCGGCAUCCAGUCAGCUACCAAAGACCAACGAGAAGAGCAGUGUAUUUUUUUUUUUUCCUUUAAUUUGUCACAACAAUGACAUCGUGACAGUGACAAAAUGCUCUUCUGCAGGCAUUGCCCACAGGGACCUUAAGCUGGAGAACAUCCUUUGUGAAUACACAGAUCGGGUGUCCCCAGUUAAGAUCUGUGAUUUUGACUUGGGAAGUGGAGUGAAGCUCAGCAGUGCCUGUACACCCAUAACGACCCCAGAGCUCACCACACCGUGCGGCUCAGCAGAGUACAUGGCUCCGGAAGUGGUGGAGGUGUUCACCGAUGAGGCCUCCUUCUACGACAAGCGCUGCGAUCUUUGGAGUCUCGGGGUCAUCCUCUACAUCCUGCUGAGCGGCAGCCCCCCCUUCACUGGCCACUGUGGUACUGACUGCGGCUGGGACCGUGGUGAAACCUGCAGAACCUGCCAGAGUCACCUGUUUGAGAGCAUCCAGCAGGGCAAGUAUGAAUUUCCAGAGAAGGACUGGGCCCACAUCACAGAGGGGGCCCGGGAUCUCAUUUCCAAGCUGUUGGUUCGGGAUGCAACGCUUCGCCUCAGUGCUGCUCAGGUCCUCAAGCACCCUUGGGUGCAGGGGAAUGCUCCAGAGAGAGGUCUUCCAACUCCUCAUGUUUUGCAGAGGAACAGCAGCACCAAAGACCUGACCCAGUUUGCUGCAGAAGCCAUCGCCUUCAACCGGCAGCUAUCCCAGCAUGACGAGCAGCAGGAGGACGUCAGCGCUAUCGUUUGCUCCAUGAGGCUUUCUCCUCCUUCCAACUCCAGACUGGCCCGCAGACGGGCGCAGUCCAACGCCCUGCGUACCGGGGACUUCGCGCCAGCCUCGGACGACCUCGCCGCUUGAAGGACCAGCAACAAGCCCCCCUCGUCAUUGUUUUCUGACUGAUUUUUGAAACCUCUGCUUGUGAGUGAGUGUGUGUUUUUUAGUUUUUACAGGGAGCCUCAAUAGGACCCGCCACACAGUAUCAGUAUCUGUGACUAACUGUCCUUGGUGUUGAAGCUCUUUCCCAUGGCCAGUAAUCUUAUCAACCAGACCGAGUUUGAGCACCGAAAGGACAGUUUAUGCUCAGAAACAUUGUUGAAAGUUCUGAUGUUUGUUCAGGAGUUUAAGCUGCCUGGUCUGUUUCAUUUGAGAAUAGUUUCAGCUUUAUUUUUUUAUAAUUCACAGAUGAGAUGAAAAGAUUUAUGAUGACCCCAAUACAUCAGAAACAGCUCUUAAUGCCAGCUAUUAAACAUCUCAUCAGCAUGUAUCCUCAACAUGCCAUUACUGGUGCAGCACAGUUUUGCAGCUGUCUGACCUUACUGAAUAUCAUCUAAUUCUUAUAUGUUUUUAGAAUUGUCUUGUCGUCCAACUGUGAAUGGGUUAAUAUUUUAUUUAAAUGCUACUUACUGCUUCUCCGGAAGAAAGGGAGCGUUCUCUUUAUUUUUUAUGCCUUUUUUUUUUAAGCAUUUCAGUGUAUGUGAUUUGACGUGUGUGGAUGUAUGUGGUUUAAAUGAUAAGAAUAGACGACACUUAAAGGAGGCGGUCCAUCUCUGGAGGUGGGCUUUUCUUCGUUUUACCUACUGAAGUCAUUCUUUUUGAGGGUGUGUAGAAUUAACAGAAGGUGCAGGAAUGUGAAUGGAUCUUGAAGUUAGAGGAAAGCCCUUUUUGUAUUUCUCAUCAUAUCACUUCGACACAAGCUACCUGUAGCACUGAUGUACUUUAAAAUAAGUCACUUAUUCAGCUGAUCUGAAAGAAAGGGAGAAUAUUUAAGUAUUUAUGAACAGUUCGGACCAACAAUGUGAAUUUGACGCCUAUAAAGUAAUAUUUAUCUUUUUAAAGGGUUUUUAACAACUUUUUAUCCUCAUCAGAGUCCAACAUUACCUCAGGCUCUUUUUUUUUUUUGCACCACGUUUUGUACUGUACAAAUGUGACACCAUCCAAAAAGGAAAAAAAACAACAACCUCAGCUUAGUUUCUCAUGAUCUUAUUGAUUUGAUAUCUGAGUGUUUUUGAGUCUAAAUGACCUGUUUCUCCUGUAUGUAGUUAAUGAGACGACUUUAAGUAGUUGAUGUUACACUUUGUAGUAGGAUGGAGGGAUUUAUUUUUAUACAAGUGUUUGUAUGUUGUUUAGUUUUGUACUUUUGGUUCUGAAAGAAUACUAGAUUGACCACACUGGGACUUCUCUGGGUUCAAGUUGCUGAUAUUUCCCUCUGACCCUUUUUUUCUUCUGAAAAAAAUGUUUUACUCAUUUAUGACCUUUGCUAUGUCUGAAUGGGUCACCAAAGGCAUCACUUUUAUUCCACCUAACCCUUUAACUUCAUGUGUUGCCCACUAAAUGACCUAAUUUCACACUGUUGCCGUGGACACCCGCAGCCGUGUAGCCGCUACGGACCUUCACGAGCAGAGAUGCAUUAGGAAGCAUCCAUUUGCUAUGUUAAGCCCCUCUCACUGCAUUAUGAAUCAUACAAGGACUUGUUUGUUUUGCCCCCAUUGACUUGUAAUUACAUCAGAUGAGAAACUGUAAUUGGUGAGCAAAUAUGGAGCCCCCAUUGACAUUUGUCAUACAGGAUCAUUUGCAUAAUGCAUAUUUUCAUUGUUAUGCUGUGUUCUCAAUAAAAAGAUCCUCAACGUCC